CUCUCUCUCUCUCUCUCUCCCCCUCUCUCUGUUUCCCUGGAGUGGCGAUUUGCUAUAGUGCGCAGGGGACCGAUCGGCGCACGCUUAAAAAAGGUUAAACUUAGAAAGUGGGGAAGGUGCGCAUAUUAGCCAUCAUCAUUGAAAUUGAAAGCUUGUAGGUCGGACGGUGAACCGAUUAAGCUUUAGACCCCGUUGGGAAGAUUACGCGUGUAUAAAAUUUAGGGCUUUUUCGCUUGGUCGAUUCUUCAAUGGCCGCUCCACCAUCAAGGGCUCGAGCAGACUACGAUUACCUCAUAAAGCUCCUCCUGAUCGGCGAUAGUGGUGUGGGUAAGAGUUGCCUUCUUUUGCGUUUCUCUGAUGGUUCCUUCACCACAAGUUUCAUCACCACCAUUGGCAUUGAUUUUAAAAUCAGAACCAUUGAACUUGAUGGAAAACGGAUCAAACUCCAAAUCUGGGAUACAGCUGGUCAGGAACGGUUCCGAACAAUCACAACUGCUUACUACCGCGGUGCCAUGGGUAUCUUGUUGGUGUACGAUGUUACGGAUGAAUCAUCUUUCAACAACAUUAGGAACUGGAUUCGCAAUAUAGAGCAACAUGCUUCUGACAAUGUGAACAAAAUACUGGUGGGCAACAAGGCUGACAUGGAUGAAAGUAAAAGGGCCGUGCCUACUUCCAAGGGCCAAGCACUUGCUGAUGAGUAUGGCAUCAAAUUCUUUGAAACUAGUGCAAAAACAAAUCUCAAUGUGGAGCAAGUUUUCUUUUCAAUAGCUAGGGAUAUAAAACAACGGCUUGCAGACACCGAUUCAAGGGCAGAGCCUACAACAAUCAAGAUAAAUCAACCAGAUCCGGGGGCUGGAGCUGGUCAACUUGCCCAAAAGUCAGCUUGCUGUGGUUCGUAGAUGGACGACAUGUUUUAAUGGCAAGAGGUCACUCCUUGGACGCUACACUGCAGGGAAAAGAAAACUAAUUUGUGAUGACCAUAUGAUGGGUGCUUGUAAUUUUUCUUAAUUCUGUCAUUCUUUCAAAACUUGUUUGUCGUGUUAAAAUAGGUUUUUACAUUAUUUCAGAAAUUUAUUUUAUUACAAACACUUUGUUCUAUUUUACCUCACUAAAUUUCUUGCAUCUUUGAUCCACGUUACCUGUAUUUGCUUAUUCUCUCUUAUCUGAAUGAGAUCGAU